AUGGCGGGCUACGCGUCGCGCCUGCCCUGGCUGCUGCCGCUGCUGCACCAUGCGGUGCCGCCCCCCUGGGCGCGGGCUGCCUGCGGGCCCGCCGGGCUCCGCUCCUCGCCGCGUUCUUCGGCCGGCAGGUGCGGUGCGCUGCCCCGACCGCCGCCGCCGCGCUGCCGCCUCCUCCUCCCGCCCGGGACGGCGGGCAGCGCCCCGCGCGCCUUGAGCGUCGCCGCCGGCCCCGAGCCGACACCGCCGCCGGCGCCACGGGGAGCCGCCGCCGGGCCGCCGCGCUUCGAGGCCAGGAGGCUGCUGGCCCUGGCGCGUCCCGAGCGCUGGAGACUGACAGCUGCCGUUGGCUUUCUGACAGUUUCCAGCGUUAUUACCAUGUCAGCCCCUUUCUUUCUGGGGAAAGUGAUUGAUGUCAUUUACACAAAUCCCAGCAACGACUUCACUGACAGCCUAUCCAGCCUGUGUGCCUUGCUGAGUGGAAUCUUUCUAUGCGGUGCUGCUGCUAAUGCUACUCGUGUCUACCUCAUGCAGACUGCAGGGCAAAGGAUUGUGAAACGUUUGAGGACAACCAUGUUCUCCUCUAUUCUGAAGCAAGAAACUGCUUUCUUUGACAAGACCAGAACGGGAGAGCUGAUAAACCGCUUAUCUUCAGAUACAGCACUCUUGGGCCGUUCCUUGACUGAAAACCUUUCUGAUGGGCUCCGAGCAGGAGCUCAGGCAUCUGUGGGGGUUGGAAUGAUGUUUUUUGUGUCUCCUGGCCUUGCUGCUUUUGUUCUGAGCGUUGUGCCACCCUUGGCUAUCGUGGCUGUGAUUUAUGGAAGAUACUUGCGAAAACUUACUAAAAUGACCCAAGAUUCUCUUGCAGAAGCAACACAGUUAGCUGAAGAGCGUAUCGGAAACAUAAGAACAGUUCGAGCUUUUGGGCAAGAAAUGGCUGAAAUGGAGAAAUACACAAAUAAAGUUGAUUAUGUGCUACAGUUGGCUAAAAAAGAGGCGCUAGCUCGGGCAGGCUUCUUUGGAGCAACUGGCCUUUCUGGAAACUUAAUUGUCCUCUCAGUCUUAUACAAAGGAGGAUUACUGAUGGGCAGUGCUUAUAUGACAGUUGGUGAACUCUCUUCAUUCCUAAUGUAUGCCUUCUGGGUUGGAAUAAGCAUAGGAGGUCUAAGUUCCUUUUAUUCUGAAUUAAUGAAAGGAUUAGGUGCUGGUGGACGUCUGUGGGAAUUGAUUGAGAGGAAGCCCCAACUUCCAUUUAAUGAGGGAAUCACAUUAGGCAAAGACACAUUCAGAGGUGCUUUAGAAUUCAAGAACGUUGAGUUUGCUUAUCCAACACGUCCAGAAACAUCCAUUUUCAAAGAUUUCAGCCUCUCCAUUCCAGCUGGCUCUGUGAUGGCUUUGGUUGGCUCGAGUGGCGCAGGGAAAUCAACUAUUGUAUCCCUUCUACUAAGACUGUAUGAUCCUAUCGCAGGUACUAUCACUGUUGAUGGCUUUGACAUUCGUCAGUUAAAUCCACUAUGGUUCAGGGCAAAGAUUGGAACAGUGAGUCAGGAACCAAUUCUGUUCUCCUGCUCUAUUGCUGAAAACAUUGCCUAUGGUGCAGAAGAUCCAUCUACCGUGACUGCAGAGGAGAUUCAGAAAGUUGCUGAAAUAGCAAAUGCUGCUCAUUUUAUCAGAGAUUUUCCAAAAGGGUUUGACACUGUAGUUGGAGAAAAAGGCAUUCUACUUUCAGGUACAUUUGUUAUUUGAUUUUAAAAUCAGGAUGCUUCGGAGUGAAGCCAAAAUUGUGUUGUUGUUGUUACUCAGCCUUUUUCUCCAAGUCAUAGCCCAACAUCAGUAUUAACAUCACUUCCAUUCCCCUCCUAAUGCACGUGCCUAAUUCAGCUCAGCCCAAGCCUCUA